AUGGCGUCCAUCCCCCCCAAAGGUCUGCAAUCUCUCCAGACGGAGCAUGUCCUGCAGGAGUCAAACCUGCAGGGCUUUCUGCAGGCGAGUGCCGGCCGCGUCCUGAGGCAGCAGAGCCUGCAGACCCGGGAAGCGUACUCAUUGGACAGCUCUCCGGACAGUGAUGAUGAGGAUAUAUGCGGGAAAGACAAGAAGAAGAAGGUGAAGAAAAAGAAGAAGAAGAAAGAUGACAAGAAGAAAAAGAAGAAAAAGAAGAAGAAGAAGGAUGAGGCUAAAGAAUACAUCUGGGACAGUGUGGUCAUAUCUCAGAUAGGUCCUGACGGCCAGAUGGAGAAGAUACCAGUGACAGCUGGGGAGCUCUGUUCGGACUCCUCUUGCUCCUCAUCUGACAGUUCAUCGUCUGACAGUGAAGAUGAAAAGAAGAAGAAAAAAAAGAAGAAGAAGAAAAAGAAGGAUGAGGAGCAGAAAGACCCCAACAGUUGCACUGCUCCCUCAGCUGAAUCUGAUGAAGAUGAGAAGAAAGAUUGCAAGGCCAAAGACCUUAAAGAAAGAGAAGAGGGGAAGCUCUGCCCCUCGCUGGCUGGAGGAGUAGCGCCAUUUCCUGAUCAUGUCGAGGAGGGUCACCUGAGUGAUGAUGAGGGAGACGGAGAGGAGGAGAAAGAGAGGGAAAAGAAGCUGAAGAAGAAAAAGCAGAAGAAGGAUUCGUGCUCUUCUGCAUCUGACAGCUCUUGUUCAGACAGUGAAGAUGAUGAGAAGAAGAAGAAAAAGAAGAAGAAGAAGAAAGAUAAGGAUUCAAAAUCCUGUUCACCUUCCUCCUCUGAUAGUGAGGAUGAGAAGAAGAAAAAGAAGAAGAAAAAGAAGAAGAAAACCAAAGCAAAGAAGAAGAAAGAUAAGGAUUCAAGCUGCUCCUCUGAUAGUGAAGAUGAGAAGAAGAAGAAAAAGAAAAAGAAGAAGAAGAAGAAAGCAAAGAAGAAGAAGGAUAAGGAUUCAGGCUCGUCCUGUUCUGAUAGUGAGGAUGAGAAAAAGAAAAAGAAGAAGAAGAAAGCAAAGAAGAAGAAGGAUAAGGAUUCAAGCUCUGAUAGUGAGGAUGACAAGAAGAAGAAAAAGAAGAAGAAGGUGAAGAAGAAGAAGGAUAAGGACUCCUGCUCUGACAGUGAGGAUGACAAGAAGAAAAAGAAGAAGAAAAAGAAAAAGAAGUGCUCCAGCUCUGACGAGGGCAGCUCUCCUUCCUCCGAUAGUGAUGAUGGGAAAAAGAAGAAGAAGAAAGACAAGAAAAAGAAGAAGAAGAAGGACAAGAAGAAGGAUUCUUGUUCUUCGUCACCUUCCAGUGAUUCUUGUAGUGAGGAUGAGAAAAAGAAAAAGAAGAAGAAGAAAAAGGAUAAGAAGAAGAAGAAAAAGAAAGACAAGAAAAAGGACUCGGAUUCUUCUGGGAGCGAUGAUGACAAGAAGAAGAAAAAGAAGAAGAAGGACAAAAAGAAGGAUUCCUGCUCGUCUCGUAGUGGGAGCGACAAGGACGACCCAAAGGAGAAAGACAAGAGCUUCGACUCAUCCGGAUGUAAAGCUGAUGAGGAGAAGAGACCUGAAAGCUCUGACGGUGGCCCCAGUGGCGAGCCAAAAAUGGACUUGUCAAAAUGCGGCGGCAGCUCCAAACCAAGCUGCGGUCCCGCCGUCUCCUAUGCGUCGCUUCCAUCCAAACCCGUCCUGAAGCUGGAUCCCCCCAAUCCUUCAGCUGCCUCCAAGCCGCCUGCCUUCACCUCCGCGCUGAGCUACGGGGACCGGGCCCCGGUUCGCAGGCCCAUCAGUCCCAUGGAGACUUUGAUGGGGACGCCCAGGAAGCUCGGGGACGGCGCCAGCCGCUCCAAACUCAGCUCCAGUGAUUUCCUGAGUGGCCCCAAGCCUUACAAGCCAUGAGGUGCCAGGGACGGAAAUAGCUCCUGGUUUAAAGAAAAUUAACCUCAGCUAAAUGUUAGAAUAAGAUGUCGUCAUAGGAGGGUGUCAGGUUUCAGUGGUGGAUCAAAAAAAGAAAGAAAAUUUGAUAUCUUUUUUGAAGAAUAUAAUAUAAAAGCAAUUUUUCAACACACUCAAGCAUUCCUGAUGUCUGCUUUGCGGAAUAAAACUAUGAUAUCAUGUUUAUCCA